CAGCCCGUAAUUUCAAUUUCACUUUUUUCCCCUUGCGUCCUCUCGUUUCGUUCCCCCUCCGCUUCGCGUUCUACAUUCCGUCCAAAUAAAAAGCUCGAGCUACCAAACCCUAGGUAGGGCUCGGUUUUCAUCCGAUUCGACUCGAUCUCGGUUGGGCGGCGGAUUGAAUCGGAGGUGGGCGGAGGAGGGAUGACGAUACCGAGCGCCGAGGGGUUUCUCCCGGCGGCGAGCUGCCUGCCGUGCACGGCGGAGGAGGAGCGGGCGGCGGUCGACUCCCUCACGCGGCAGGCCGAGGCGAAUGUCAAGACCGGCGAUCUCCGCUACCUCGUCUCUCAGAGCUGGUGGAACAACUGGCAAUCUUAUGUGGGCUUACCCCGUCACGGGGAUAAUGACACUGACAUGCCAUCACAACCCACCAAUAGACCUGGAGAGAUUGAUAACUCAAAGCUUGUUUUGGAGGAGACCAUCAGUGGUAGUGAAGAGCCAGAGCUCCAAAGAACCUUGAGAGAAGGAGAGGACUACGCUUUGGUGCCCGAAGAAGUUUGGAGGAAACUAUAUGGCUGGUAUAAAGGUGGACCAGUAAUUUCUAGGAAAGUGAUUUGUGAGGACCCAAAUUCCAAGAGAUACAUAGUGGAUGUCUAUCCCCUCCGUUUGAAACUAAUCGAUGAAAGAGACAGCUCUGAGCGGAUUAUCCAAAUAAGUAGGAAGGCCAAAGUUCAUGAGCUUUACCAAUUGGUGUGUUCACUUAUUUCUGUAGAGCAGUCUAAGCUCCAUAUCUGGGAUCAUUUCCAAAAGAUGAAGGUAAAAAAAUUGACCAAUUUCAAUGAGACACUGGAGGAAGCUCAACUUAUGAUGGAUCAAGAGAUUCUGUUGGAGAUAAGUGCAGAUGAUACCUGGAGUUCUGAUCUUAGUACGAGAUCCUUCAACAAUGAAUUAGCAAUAGUUCCACUUGAACCCUCCACGUCAUCAUUUUCUAUUGCUGGAGGCCCUACCUUCUCAAAUGGUUAUUCAUCUGGAAUUGGUUCCAGUUUUUCACAAGAUAAUAGCUUUAAUCCUUUACAAAGGGAUGCAGAAGAUGGGUAUAGUAGUUUCAGCAAUGGAGUAAAAGACGACAUGCAUGGAUUGAGUGGGUUGCAUAAUCUUGGUAAUACAUGCUUCAUGAAUAGUGCCAUACAGGCCUUGGUCCAUACACCUCCACUAGUACAGUAUUUUUUGAAGGACUAUAGUCAGGAGAUAAACACGGAAAAUCCACUCGGGCUUCAGGGUGAACUCGCGGUAGCAUUUGGAGACCUACUGCAAAAACUUUGGUCAGCUGGUCGAACUUCUGUUCCUCCCCGUGCAUUCAAGUCAAAACUUUCUCGAUUUGCUCCUCAGUUUAGUGGUUAUAAUCAGCAUGAUUCUCAGGAGUUACUUGCAUUUUUGUUGGAUGGUCUGCAUGAAGAUCUUAACCGUGUGAAGAAGAAACCAUAUAUUGAAGCUAAGGAUGCGGAUGGUCGUCCCGAAGAAGAAUUUGCUGAAGAAUGCUGGAAUAACCAUAAAGCUCGAAAUGACUCCAUAAUAGUAGAUAAGUUCCAGGGACAAUACAAGUCCACCUUAGUCUGUCCAGAAUGUAACAAAAUCUCUGUCACCUUUGAUCCAUUCAUGUAUCUGUCAUUGCCAUUGCCCUCAACAGUUACUCGAAUGAUGACUGUCACUGUAUUUAGUGGUACCGGGGAUUCACUUCCCAUGCCUUACACUGUUACGGUACAAAAAAAUGGAGUUUGCAGAGAUCUUUGUAAAGCCCUGAGUGAUGCAUGCUGCUUAAAAGAUUCUGAGACAUUGUUACUUGCAGAGGUGUAUGAUAAUCGGAUGUACCGUUAUUUCAGUCCGUUGGAGCAACUUCAAAUUAUAAAAGAUAAUGAUAAGCUUGUUGCCUAUAAACUUCCGGUUGGCCAUGAAAAACUUUUGAGGGUUGAGAUCCUGCAUAGGAAGGUGGACAGAUUUACUCCAGAGCUCCAGUUCAAUAUCACUCGAAAGCUCAUUGGAAGCCCUCUUGUAACUUGUAUUCCAAAUCACUCUACAAGCAAAGCUGAUAUUUAUGCCGCUGUGACUGCUGUGCUGGCUCCAUUUGUACGAGCAAAAGUGCAUACUCCAGAUGAGUCUGCUGUUAAGUUAAAUGGCAAUGGGCCAAGUCUGGAUGGUAUUGUACUAACGGAUAACAGCGCCUGCUCUGAGAAGGGUCUUUCUACUUCGAAUCUGGAUGAAGAGACGGCUGAUGCUGAGCUUUCACCCUCCUGGCUCUCCUUGAGUGAUGAAAAAGGUCAUGUGAGAAAUCCUAUACAAGAAGAUUCUAAUCAUGUUGUUGGCUUACCCAUGAGGUUAUCGAUGGACUGGUCUGAUAGAGAACAUGAAAUUUACAACCUUAAAUACAUGGAUGAUCUUCCUGAUGUUUUCAAGACUGGUUUCAUGUCCAAGAAAACCCGGCAAGAAGCAGUCAACUUAUUUUCAUGCUUGGAUGCUUUUCUGAAGGACGAACCUCUGGGCCCUGAUGACAUGUGGUACUGUCCUAGCUGCAAAGAGCACAGACAAGCCCGGAAGAAACUUGACUUGUGGAGGUUGCCUGAGAUAUUGGUGGUCCACUUAAAAAGGUUCUCAUACAGCCGUUAUAUGAAAAAUAAGCUUGAUACCUAUGUGACCUUUCCAAUCCAUGAUCUUGAUAUGAGCAAGUAUGCGAAGCACACAUCAGGCCCCCCUAUUUAUGAACUCUAUGCAGUGAUAAACCAUUACGGUGGUUUGGGAGGUGGGCACUAUUCUGCCUAUGCGAAGUUAGUAGAAGAAGAGAGCUGGUAUCAUUUUGAUGAUAGUCACGUCUCCUCUAUUAAUGAAGAGGAAACAAGGACAUCUGCAGCUUAUCUACUCUUCUAUCGACGUAUUGAUGGCAACGCCUGUGCAAUGUCUGAAGAUGUUCCAGUUGACACUGAUAUGGUUGAUUCAGCAGAAACAUAGGUUCAAUUUCAGACAUCAGUAUGGAUGUGAUUUUUGUGGCACACAUGGUGCCCCGCAGGUUGUUUUGGAACGUGAUUUUUCUGGUUUUAGGGCACUAUUGGUGUACGGUAGGUCCAUCGAGCCAGUGAGAUUUUGGGAUGCAGUGCAGAUUUGACAUCUAAAUCUAAGUUAGCAUGGACGUGAAUCGUUGAUACGUUGCAGUCCAUAUAUGUUCCUUUAGAAGAUCUCGACAGGCCAACUCAGAUGUGGUUAAAAGAAUGUCUGAUGUGAGGAUUUUUUUUUUCCGCUGAUAUGGGCAGGCGGGUGCUAUCAUUACUGGCGUCCAUUGUGGUGAACUGGUACUGUAACCAACGGAAUCGAAAGUAGAGAUGGUGCAUGUUUGCCUUUCCUGUGUUCCCACGCGAUUGUUAUUCUUACACCACGAAAA